AUGACUCAAUCAGACAAACCUCGCAAGUCGCUCAUCCUCAAUGCCUUUGUGGAAAUGUGCAGCGGCCAUCAAUCACCAGGAUUAUGGCGACACCCCGAAGAUGAAUCGCAUCGCUUCAAUGAUGUCGACCACUGGGUUGAAUUGGCCCAAUUACUCGAGUCGGCCAAGUUCCACGGCAUUUUUAUCGCCGAUGUGCUGGGAGGAUAUGAUGUCUAUAAAGGACCCAGAAACCUCGACCCGGCCGUGAUCUCAGGUGCUCAGUGGCCGGUGAACGAGCCAUUGGCUGUUGUCCCCGCCAUGGCAGCGGCGACAAAGAAUAUCGGAUUCGGAGUGACGGUCACAACUACCUAUGAGCAACCGUAUCAUCUUGCAAGACGACUAUCGACCGUGGAUCAUCUCACUAAAGGACGUCUGGGAUGGAAUGUUGUAACAGGCUACCUCGACUCCGCCGCCCGCAAUAUGGGCCAAGCCGAACAGCCACAUCACGACGACCGCUACCUCCUCGCCGAAGAAUACAUCAAAGUAACCUACAAACUAUGGGAAUCCUCCUGGCGCCAAGACGCCGUCACCCUCGACCGCGAGCGCGGUAUCUACACCGACCCAGCAGGCGUGCGGCAAAUCAACCACGUCGGCAAAUACUUCAACGUCCCCGGACCUCAUCUCUGCCAGCCCAGUCCACAGCGCACACCCGUCAUCCUGCAAGCCGGCACCUCGAAAGCAGGCAAGACCUUCGCCUCGCAACAUGCAGAAGCUAUCUUUGUUGCCGGACACAGUCCGGCUGUAGUAGCGAAGAACGUCAAGGAGAUUCGAGAGCUUGCGCAGAGCCAGUAUGGGCGUGAUCCGCAGAGUAUUAAAUUCCUCGCCCUUCUUUGUCCGAUCCUGGGGAAGACUGAGGAGGAGGCUGUGGAGAAGUUCAAGUAUUUCCGCAGUCUGGGGUCUAUUGAUGGAGCGCUUGCGCUGUUUGGUGGAUGGACGGGGAUUGAUCUGGAUACUUAUGGAGAUGAUGAGGAGUUGAGACAUGUUGAGAGUAAUGCUAUCCGCUCUGCUGUUGAGGGUUGGUCCAAGGCGACACCCGAGGUGGAGAAAUGGACAAAGGCCACUGUUGGUCAACACAUCACCGUUGGAGGACUGGGUGCGACUCCUGUCGGUACGGCUGCUCAAGUUGCGGAUAGCAUGGAGCGAUGGGUAGAAGAAGCCGAUGUGGAUGGGUUCAAUCUGGCAUAUGCAAUCAAGCCCGGCUCCUUCAAGGACAUCAUUGACCUCCUGAUUCCCGAGCUCCGAAAGCGAGGCCUGUUCUGGGAUGACUAUGCUGUACCCAAGGGAACCUACCGUGAAAACCUCUAUGCGCAGCCCGGCCAGUCCGGACCUCAUGCAGACCACCCUGCGUCCAAGUACCGAUGGAACGCUGGUGUAGAUGCAUCGGAUGCUGUCAUUCCAGAGAACUGA